UAGACUCAUUUAGUAUCUAUUUCACUGCUUGAAGCUCGGAGAAACCAGAAUCAUUUCAGAAUCAAGAAAGCAAGAGAGAUGUUGUAUAUAAUAGGUUUGGGUCUGGGUGAUGAGAGGGAUAUCACCCUUAGAGGCCUGGAGGCUGUGAGGAAAUGCGAUAAAGUGUACGUGGAAGCUUACACUUCUCUCCUCUCUUUCGGUCUCUCUUCUGAUGGCUUUUCGACUUUGGAAGAGUUAUAUGGGAAGCCCGUCAUACUUGCAGAUAGAGAAAUGGUUGAAGAACAGGCUCAUGAUAUAUUGGCGGAGGCUGGGGGCUCUAAUGUGGCCUUCCUGGUUGUUGGGGAUCCUUUUGGAGCUACAACACAUUCCGAUCUGGUUGUCCGAGCCAAGAGCUUGGGUGUGGAAGUCAAGGUCAUACACAAUGCAUCAGUAAUGAAUGCUGUUGGAGUCUGUGGUUUGCAACUCUACCGAUAUGGAGAAACUGUCUCCAUACCAUUUUUCACUGAGACAUGGAGGCCUGACAGUUUCUAUGAGAAGAUUCAGAGAAACCGUGUACUUGGAUUACAUACACUUUGCUUAUUAGAUAUCCGUGUGAAAGAACCAUCGCUGGAAUCUUUGUGCAGAGGAAAAAAGCAAUAUGAACAGCCAAGAUACAUGACAAUUAACAUUGCCAUUGAACAACUGUUGGAGGUUGAAAAAAUGCGUGGAGAAUCUGCAUACAAUGAAGACACAACUUGUGUUGGUUUUGCUCGCCUUGGCAGUGAAGAUCAGAUGGUAGUUGCAGGUCCGAUGAGAGAAAUACUUAUGGUUGAUUUUGGAGCACCUUUGCAUUGCCUUGUCAUAGUAGGCAAAACCCAUCCCGUGGAGGAGGAAAUGCUGGAAUUUUACACUCUCAAAAGGGAAGACCAACUAAAAGACAAAGGCACUGCUUGAUC